AUGGAGAACACUGCGGAGAAACCAAGCGGCAAUAAGGCCACCAUCGUCAAGAACACGGCUCAGCUCUCCAAGAUCCCACGUCAUAUCAGUUAUCCACUCAAGGAGGAGCAAGAGGAGGAACUACAACAGGCGAAUGCGGAGAACACUGCGGAGAAACCAAGCGGCAACAAGGCCCCCAGCACCAAGAACACGGCUCAGCUCUCCAAGAUCCCACGUCAUAUCAGUCAUCCACUCAGCAAAUGCGGAGAACACUACGGAGAAAUCAAGCGGCAACAAGGCCACCAUCGUCAAGAACACGGCUCAGCUCUCCAAGAUCCCACGUCAUAUCAGUCAUCCACUCAGUCAGCCACUCAGCUAGCCACUCAGUCUGAUACUCUACAAGAGGAGGAGCAAGAGGAGGAACUACAACAGGCAAAUGCGGAGAACACUGCGGAGAAACCAAGCGGCAACAAGGCCACCAUCGUCAAGAACACGGCUCAGCUCUCCAAGAUCCCACGUCAUAUGCUCUCCACGGUUCCACAUCAAAUCAUCACUCAGCAAGCGGAGAACACCACUGCAACUUGGCCUGUCGUCCCCACUGCAUUGAUAUGGGCGAGACAAGAGGCCUUACAAGCGAAGCAGACAGCCACUCAGCCAGCUCACCAAUCCACUCAGUCAUCCACUCAGCCAGCCACUCAGCAAGAGCACUCAGUUAAGCAAGAGGAGGAACAAUACACUGCGGAGAAUAUUACGGAGACAGUCAGCAGCAGCAGUGACACAACAGCUCUGCUCUCCACGAUCUCACACCAGUCCACUCAGUCAAUGCAAGAGAAGGAACCACUGCAGCAGGCACAUGCGGAGAACACUGCGGAGAAACCAAGCGACAACAAGGCCACCAUCAUCAAGAACACGGCUCAGCUCUCCAAGAUCCCACGUCAUAUGCUCUCCACGGUUCCACGGCAAAUCACCACUCAGCAGGCGGAGAACGACACUACAAUUUGGCCUGCUAUCUCUGCAUGCCUAGACAAUAUCACAUUGUGGUACAUCACUGCAAUGAGCACACAAGAGAAGGACCUACUACGUCGAUCGCAGCCAAGUGGGCCACUGUAG